AUGGCCACUGCAAGUCUUUUUCAAUAUCCUAGAUUUGGCUGGGAUGAAUUCGUGGAUAUUAUAUAAAGAAACCACUGGUGAAAUCUAUAUCUAGAAAGGAUUAUUUGUUCCAGUUAGCAGAAGAACUUGCUGUUAAUUACACAGGUUCAUCUAAAUCAGAAAAUUGAAUGAGCUUGGUGGAUGCAGUUGAGAGUUCCGGAAUAAGAAAAAAAUGCCAAAUAGGCCUUUGCAAUGAAAAUAAAACUCAAGUUACCUGUGGCAGUUGAAAAAGAUACGUUUGUGGAGUAUGUACGGAAAAGAACAUUGCAAUUUGUAAAAAAUGCUUUACGUUAA